AUGGGGUUGAUAGGGGUAAACCGCCAGCCGGCCAGUCGUGCCAAGGCUCUCGUUACCACAUUACUGCUAACUCUCUCCAUACCCGGCACCAUCGAGGCGGUAUCACUCCCGCCCCCCACCGGUCCUUACCAGGUUGGAGUCCGCAAAUACGCCAUCGAUUACUACAAUGAUCACGAUCCCGUGGCGCCGAACAACAUCAGCACGGCGUUCUUGGCGACCAUCUUCUACCCCACGCUCCAGAAGCCCGAAGGUGCUCCGAAGCCGUAUUUAAACCCCGAGACGGCGGCCUUCUUCGAACAAAACUGGCAUUACUCAAACGGGACCCUUUCGUCCAUCACUUCGACCGUGCAAGAAGACGCGCCUUUCCUGGAACCGGAAAGCGCGGCCGACGGGCUCCCAACCAUUCUAUUCGGUCCGGGAGGCGGUGGUCCCCCCGUCGAAGGAAACACCAUCUUACUCUCCGAACUCGCGUCACAUGGCUACGCCAUAAUCGGCAUAGACCACCCGUUUGAGCAGCCCUUCAUCCGAUAUCCGAACGGGUGA